CCAAUGUUUUUUUUAAGUCACAUAAUUUUUUUUUUAUUUUUGUAGAGAAUAAUUGUUUAAAAAAAAUUAAUUAAACAUUUAUCUUUCUGAAAAUUAAGGUUUCCUUACUGAAAACUACAAAAAUAACCUGUUUCCUAUCAUAUAUAGAUAUAUAUAUAACACGUGUUUUGUUAUUGAGGUUAUGUGGUGCGUGGUGUCAAAAACAUUUUAAAUUAAAUAUUAGUAUACACGUGUAGAAAUAUUUUAAAUAUAAAAAUGACAUCUAUAGAAGAAUCUGUUAAUAAUGAAACUUCAAAAGAGAGUGUAAAAAAUAAUCUUUAUUCUUAUUUACAAAGAGAUGAUUUUACUUCUGAAAAAUAUAAAAUAGAAGUAAGAGGACUACCAAAAUUUUACGGUAUUGGUGAAUUUAAAAAGUUAUUAAGUGAUAAAUUGGAAUUGAAUUUUUGUAAAGUAAAACCACCAAGAAGAGGCAGUGGAUGGUUAUAUGUUUGUUUAAGAAGUGAAGAAGAUAGAAAUCGUGCUAUUUCAUUGCUCGAUGGUAUUUCUUGGAAAAAUUCAAAACUCACUGCUCAUGCUGCAGCACCAGCUCCUGAUCCAUUUAUUAAAAGAAAAAUGGAAAAAGAAGAAGCUGCGAAUAAAAAAUGCAAAAUAGAUGAUAAUGAUGAACAAAUUUCCCUAGAAGAUCGUGUAAAAAAUACGACUAUUCCUCUAUGGAAUAUGCCUUAUGAUAAUCAGUUAGAAUUCAAACAAAAGGAAAUGAAAGCAAUUUUAAUUAAAUUGGGACAACAAAUGUUGAAGGAAAAUAAAAAUUUAAAUGAAUGGUUAACUAUUCAGAAAAAUAAAUAUGAUGGUUUACCUUGUGAAUUGCAAUCAAUUCUUAGUGCAGAUAUAAAAGAGGGUUAUCGAAAUAAAUGUGAAUUCACAAUAGGUAGAAAUACCGAUGGAAAUAAAAUAAUUGGCUUUCGCUUAUCGAGUUAUGCUGCUGGAUCAACUGCCGUUGGUCCCAUUGACGAUCUUAUUCAUAUUCCAAAAAUUAUGAAAUCUGCUGUUAAGCUUUUGGAAGAAUUCAUUCACAGUUCAGAAUUAGAUGUGUUUAAUCCUGUAGAUCAUAGUGGUAAUUGGAGACAAGUUACGGGAAGGACAACUCGUUUAAAUCAUCUAAUGUUGAUAAUUGGUGUUCAUCCACAAAAUUUAAGUUCAGAUGAUUUAAAUAAAUUGAAAGAUGAAUUAAAAAACUUUUUUGAAAAUGGUAAAGGAAAAGAAGCAAAUGUUACAUCAUUAUAUUUUCAAAUUUUAGAUAGAAAAACUGGAAGAAGUGAGGAUAAUUGUACAUUGGAGCAUCUUAGUGGUACACAUUUUAUAGAAGACAUUUUAUUAGGAAUGACAUUUCGUAUUUCACCUCAAGCAUUUUUCCAAGUAAAUACUUCGGGAGCAGAGGUUUUAUAUCAAGCAGCUAUAGAUUUGGUACAGCCUACAGAAGAUACAGCUUUACUUGAUGUUUGUUGUGGAACUGGAACAAUAGGACUUGCAUUUUCAAAGCAUUGUGGCGAGGUAUUAGGUUUGGAAAUGAUACCGGAAGCAAUACAAGACGCAAGGGAAAAUGCCGUGAAAAAUGGUGUUAAAAAUUGUGAAUUUUUCGCUGGAAAAGCUGAAGAUAUUUUAUCGCCUGUUAUUCAUCGAUCGACAAAACCAACUUUAGUAGCGGUUGUCGAUCCACCUAGAGCAGGUUUACAUCAACGAGCACUUUUGGCGUUGCGAAAAGCAAAAAAUUUAAACAGACUCGUUUAUAUAUCUUGCGAUCCAAAAGCUGCAAUUAAAAAUUUGGUUGAUCUGGCAAGAGCAAACUCGAAACAUUAUUCCGGAGAGCCUUUGGUUCCUGUAAAAGCUGUACCUGUUGAUAUGUUUCCAUUUACAAGACACUGUGAAUUAAUUAUUUAUUUAGAACGGCUAGCAAAAUCCGAUUCAAAUUAAAUAAUUUCAUAAAAAUCAUUUAAAAGAAUAAUAAAUAUCAAUAAAUAUUUAA